AUGGAUAACAAUGCUGCAGAAUGCUACAAUUCCAUAUUAGCAAAAGCCAUUGGAGGCAAAAGGAUAAAUUAUUCGUUAAGAAGGUCAUAUGAAACUCGAUGUGAAAAGGCAGCUAUUUCAUAUAAUAUCGGCACUCAGACAUCAAGAGUUUUGGUCAAAAAAAUUUGUAAUCAAAGUCCUGGAAGUGUGCACAAAAAUUACAUCCAAUCGUUGGAAAAAGCUCCAGCAGAUGAAGACUAUGGGCUACCUUCCAUCGAAAUGGAUGAAGCUGUUUAUGUAACGCAAAAACAGCAAUUUAUGGACUCCCUCUCACUUGAUAAAGACCAAGCCAAAACCCUUGAGCGUGCAACCAUAGGGCAAGCUGACACAUUACUGUGGAUGGAGGAAAGAUCAAAACGAAUCACAGCAAGUGCCUCACCUGAUGGCCUGAUUGAUGAUGACGGGAUUAUAGAAGUUAAAUGUCCCAAAACAUGCAGCAACAAAACCCCUCGGGAAGGAAUUGAAAGCAAAGUUAUCAAAUUUGCCACAAUAGAAAAUGAUAGUAUUAAAUUAAAGCGGAAUGAUAAUUACUUCUUCCAAAUUCAAGGGCAGCUACACAUUUCAAACAGGAAGUAUUGCUACUUCAUAAUAUGGACCCCUCUAAAAAUGGAAUUUGAAAAGAUUUAUACAGAUGAUGAGUUUUGGGCCGAAAAAGUGAACUUGCAGCUGAGGACAUUCUUUUUUAAAUGCUUGCUACCCGAAUCCUCAGUAUUGCCAUAA